AUGCAUUUUUCUAUUCCUGAUUUACAACAAUUUCGCGAUGACAAUGGAAUCACUUACACAGGCUACAAUGUCUACAUCGAUGGAUUCUUUCACUGCACGGCUCGAUACAAACAGCUGCUUAGCCUUCACGAACAACUGCAAGCUCAAUAUCCGCACUUUAAGUUACCACAGUUUCCACCUAAGAAAUUAUUUUUAACUAACUCUCAGCUGGAAGAAAGAAGGAUUUUGUUAGAAAAAUACAUUCAAUUAAUUGGACAGAAUCCUGUGUUUGCAAAUUCUGGUAUACUCAUAACAUUCCUAUUCUCUGCUCAACAAGAAACUCAUUCUGUGAGAGUGCAUGUUGUGGACAUAGAGGUGUCACUUAUGAAUGGUUACAGAAUACCACUGUCGGUAUCCUCAACAGAUAGCUCUAGUACAGUCUUAGACAUAGCGUGCAACUAUGUUAACCUGUCAAAAGAUCUGACCAAAUAUUUCUCAUUAUAUCUCUUUAAUUGGAGCUGUGCUAAAGACAGACAGCCAUGUAUCAAGAAAUUAGAAGAAUAUGAAUCUCCGUACAUUUCCCAGAAGUAUGUGAGGCCGGAAGACAAAAUUGUUUUACGGAAAAGUUACUGGGAUCCAUGUUACGACCUAGAUUUAAUGAUAGACAGGGUUUCACUAGAUUUAUUAUAUCUCCAACUAAUUGAAGAACUGGAUCUUGGUUGGAUGGUAGCUGACCAGGACGCAAGGGAAAUUUUAUCGGAUCACGAAGCUAAGAAACAAAAGAGAGAGUACAUAGAAAUGGCCCGUACGUUGAGGCACUACGGUAGUGUUCCCGCCGGGGAGGCGAUCACUGACGCUAUAAACGUCGGUGAUAGUAAUGGUUCUAUCCGCGUGAGAGUGUCCUUGGCGUCCAAGGAACUGACCCUCACCAGUCUUGACACGAGACACGAACAGAGGUACAAAGUAACAAGGAUGAGAUGCUGGAGAAUAACUACCUUACAUACCGUGAUACGAAUCACCGACGAUAGUACUCCUUUUAUUAUAGACGAGCCCAGUAAAAACUUCGAGCUCUCCUUCGAAUAUCUGAUAAGCAAAGACAAUCUAGUUUGGGUGACGCUUAGAACGGAACACGCUAUAUUCAUAAGCGUCUGUUUGCAGUCAAUCGUUGAGGAGCUGAUGCGUCAGAAGAACGGUGAAGGUCCUAAGUCCCCUCGUUGUAAACGGGCGAGCCUCACUUAUUUGCGACGUGAUGGUUCAACACAUCUCAUAACACCGUCUUCAUCGAGCGAUACACUCAGCUCUGCAAAUGGCGAUUCAUCCGGCAGUUCGAGGGAAUUGUUUUCAGUACAAAAGCUAACAGAAAAAUUCGCAUCUGUAGCCUUCAAGACGGGCAGAGAUUGUGUUGAAAACAACGCGUUCGAGGCCAUCGGUGAUGAGGAACUAUAA